AUGUCGGCAAAGCCCUCCAACCCGCUCAUCUCGAGCCAAAACAGCUCCCAGCUCCAAGCAGUCCUCCACCCUCUCGUGCUUCUCACCAUAUCCGACUACAUCACACGACACACCCUACGGCAACAAACAGGUCCCGUAAUCGGUGGCCUGCUUGGCCAGCAGAAUGGCCGUGAAAUCACAAUCGAGCAUGCUUUUGAAUGCCACACGAGAGAGGCACCAGAGGUAGAUGGUGGCUACUUGCUGGAUGCCUCCAAGUUUGGAGCUAGACUAGAGCAGAUGGUUACUGUACACAAGGAACGGCAAUUAGAUUUCGUAGGCUGGUAUACCCUCUUGCCGGGUACCGGCCCAACACCGACCAUCCUCCCAAUCCACAGCCAAAUUCUCGAAGGAUGGAACGAAUCAGCCGUAGUCCUAGGCUUCCACCCAGAAGAAGUCCUGAAUCACACAGUCGGUGGCAAGCUCCCACUCACCAUCUACGAAAGCAACUACGAAGUCGACGAUCAAAAACCCACCGAGCAAGACGGCGAAGACAAGAAGAUGGACGACGGCGAGGCCACUCUGAAGCUCAAAUUCCGCGAGGUCCCAUACUCUGUGGAAACAGACGAAACCGAAAUGAUUAGCAUGAACUACGUUGCCGAAGGAGGAGGCAACGCUACCGCUGCUUCAGCCCCCACCCCGGCAGCCAGAGACGAGAAACCCACCAGAUCCAUCGAGUCUAAAGGCAAGGGCAAGAGACGACUAGUUGAAGCUCAGGGCGAGGACAACGAGCCACUAGAUGAAAGCGGCGUCUCAUACCUAAGCAGAGAAGAAGCAGAAAUGGUCGCCUCGCUGACUACUAAAGCAAACGCCAUCAAGAUGCUGCACUCGCGCAUCCGUCUCCUGACAACAUAUCUCGAACGCCUCCCGCCGUCAUACAUCUCUGGCGAAAAAGCCGACGUCGAAACCAUGGACACAGACCACACCACCCCAUCGUUACCUAUCCUUCGACAGAUCCAAGCGCUUGUAAAUAGACUGGGUCUCGUCAUCCCAUCGGACCAAGAGUCCUUUGAUCGGGAGAUGCUGCAGGAAUCGAACAAUGCCAAUCUCAUUGGCCUUUUGAAUAGUGUGAUGCAAAGCGUUCACGGCGCAAGAGACGUAGGCAAGAAGUUCUACGUUGUCGAGAUGACAAAGGCGAUGGGGAGGAGGGGUGCUGCUGGGGAUUUUUUGGCGUCACCGGGAUUUAAUAUGCCUGGUGCUGGGGAUAUUUUAAUCUGA